CAAUUUCAGUGAUUCUUUUGUUAUUUCAACGAUCUCUUUCUGGCAAUGUUACGUUGAGGCUUCUGAGGGAAUUGAUCCACGAUAACUACCACAGUCACUAUGUGUUAUCCCCUUUUAUGGUCAAAGUAGCCCUUGCCGAGAUCUAUGCAGAGAGGGAGAGUGAAAAGGAUGCAGCACUACGAGACGAAGAUCCCGAGCUAGAUGAAUCCUUCAGCGAAUUGGGCAAGAGAUUGAAGAAGGCCAAAAAUGCACAGUUCAUGCUGGGCAGUCGAUUGUUUCUGUCCCACGAGCUGCCAGUGCGGGAACCGUCUAGGCUCUGGAAUACUGAUAUUUCCACGAGCAUAGACUUUACGCACAAAGUGGAAGCUACGCGGAGCAUCAACGACUGGCUGGCCAAGACUUUGGGAGAGCAGAAAGCGAAUAUAGUGAAACCCAACGAGCUGGACACUGGCACAAAGGGGAUUGCCAUCAGUGGGAUUUCGGUCACUGGACGAUGGCUGCACCGCUUUGAGUCGCUGCACAAGACCUACUUUGUCACCAGGGAUCUGACGGGGCAGGUCGCUCACUCCCUGUGUGCUCCCAUGAUGCACACCUUCAACACGUUUGCCACAAUGGAGACACAUAAUGCCCGGGGCAUAUUCAUACCCUUUAGCUACGGCGAGGACAUGGGCAUGCUGGUGCUGCUGCCCCGCAAUGGCAUAGAGACCAGAGAUCUGCUGGACGAUGUGCAGCUCUACUUCAACACUCCGCUGAGUGCACCACGGGACAUGCACCUGUUUCUGCCCAUCUUCAGGGUGGAGAGAGACAAAAAAUUGGGUUCCUUUAUGCAGGGCUUGGACAUUGAAGAUCUCCUAAGAGAUACGAAAUUUCACAGAAGCUUUGACCACAACUCGUACGACAAAAUCAAUGAAUUCAAACUCAGGACGGUGGUGCACAUUCAACCCAAUCGGCCACUGAUUGAAAUGGCAGACAGCCAUUCCAUCAAGCAUGACAUCAACGAGGAGGUAUUCGAUGUGAAUCAAUCCUUUGCGUUUGUCAUAAAGGAUCGCGACACCGUCUAUGUGGCUGGCCGCAUUGAACAUUUGGAAGGACUAACGCCAAAAGUGAAUUGUUCCCAAAAGUUUACAGAAUCUCGCUAUCGCUUAAGAAAGUUGAGACGGGGGAAAAGUUACUUUUAAUGCGUGGAUCUCUGAGGUUUGCCUCGACAAAC